AAAAGCAGAAGAAUCAAAGGACAUUUCAGAUUUGAGAAACAGGAACAGCUGCUCCUCCUAAGUCCUAAAUUUAACUUGUUUCCACAGAACAAACAUCUCCGCAUUCACACAAUACUCACAAAUCCCAUUGCAUUAUCACCUUCCUCAAUCACAAAAAAGCCUUUCUUAUUUCUUAUUCUCCGCUUGCAAUCACCAACACAGCAAAGAUGAAUAACAGGAACACGAAAAAGGCAAAGCUUAUUAUUAAGGAAGAGGAAGAUGAGACACGUGGCGGAAGCGUGUACUUAGACGACAACGUUUUGUCCGAGGUGCUUCGGCACGUGGACGCGCGGUCGUUGGCGAUGGCUGGGUGCGUGAGCAAGCAGUGGCAGAAGAUGGCGCGUGACGAGAGGCUCUGGGAACUGAUCUGCACGAAGCAGUGGGUAAACACAGGGUGUGCUGAGCAACAGCUACGAUCGCUGAUCCUCGCCCUCGGAGGCUUCCGUCGCCUCCACGCGCUCUACCUCUGGCCUCUCUCCAAGCCCCACGCGCCUCCCAAACCUCUUUGGGGCAAGGACGAGGUCCACCUCUCCCUCUCCCUCCUCUCUAUUCGUUACUUCGAGAAGAUGAAUAAUUUCCUUAGCACCAAAAAAAACACAUGACUUUGUCUGUCUCUGGCGGCAAAUUUUAAUUUGGUUUGGCCUUUUUGUGCGAUAUUUUAUUUUCGGUUUUAUUAGCUAUUGAAUGCAAUUGAGCUAAGCUGGUUGUGUAAAUUGAGAAAUUAAUGAAUUGUCCAAUAUGGACGUAGCAUUAUAGUUUGAAAAAGAAAAUUCUUAGGUUGAUUAAUUUUA